AUGUCUCCACAGCUCUUUCCACGGUCUGCAUGAAAGAAAUACGAUUUUUUUUUUUUUACUGCAGAUUUGGUUCUUAGAAAGUUACUCACCGGUGGACAUCAUGCUCCCCAGUCCGGCUAUGACGUCCUCCACCACGCCUUUUUCAGUCAAGGACAUCCUCAAGUUGGAGUUGCAGCGACAAUCUCAGGAGCUCCAGUUCAUCUCCUGCAUGGGUCUCCCUCAGUCCGGACCUUUCCGAGCGCACUCGCCGCCUUCCUGUAUGCUGGCCAGGAGAGACAGUCCGAGUCCGAUCAGUUCUGGAUUGUCGGAAAGCGACGAGAGGAUGUCUUACUUCGGGGCGCUCGCUGCACCGGAGCGGCUGGCUGAGUCGGGACUGCCGGUGGAGAUGUUCGCCGGCAACCCGGUGGAGAUGCAUGCAGCUCUGCAAGUGGAGACCGAGCAGGAGGACCAUGAAACGAAGGUCUGUACUUCUUUGCGGGACGAGGAAGGGGAGAAGCCGGCCAGCAAACAGCAGAGGACCAGAAGGAAGCCCCGGGUCCUCUUCUCCCAGACUCAGGUGUUCGAGCUGGAGCGUCGCUUCAAGCGGCAGCGCUACCUGUCAGCCCCGGAGAGAGAACAUCUGGCCGGCUCGCUCAAACUCACCCCGACGCAGGUGAAGAUCUGGUUCCAGAACCGGAGAUACAAAUGCAAGAGGCAGCGGCAGGACAAGUCUCUGGAGAUGGCUGGUCACCACCACCAUCACCACCACCACCAACACCCUCCCCCACCGCCGCCGCCGCCUAGGAGGGUAGCUGUGCCGGUGCUGGUGCGGGACGGCAGGCCUUGUUUGACUGGAUCCCCAACAUAUAACACUUCUUACUCGGUAGCACCGAGCCCGUACACGUACAACGGCUACCCGGCCUACAGCUACAACAACUCUGUGUACACCAACACUUACUCUUGUACCAGUUUACCUGCUCUGCAGCCCACCAACACUGCAGCCAACGCCUUCAUGAACAUGACUUUGGGACCUCUGGGUGCGCAGACGCAGAGCCAGUCUGCACAGGGGACAGUGGCUCCUCCAUGCCAAGGGACUCUGCAGGGCAUCAGGGCCUGGUAAUACACCUUCUGACGCACAGCUUGUUUGUAUGUACAGUAGUUUUCAACAGACAAAAAAAUGCAGCUAGUAAUUAUGAGUGGUGCAAAAUUUCAAGUAAAAAAAAAAAACAUUUUAUCCACUGAGCCAGCAUCGAAAACCUUAUAAACAUGCUGUUUAUUUGGCUUUGAAUGCUGUGCACACAUUGAAGAUGCUUAAAAUAUUUAAAAAAAACAUGUCAAUUUAUAGAGAAUGCACAGAAUGAUUGACUCAAUUGACGCUGAAUAUGCGGGAAAAAUAUUGUUUUUCACAGCAUGCACGUGUGACACAUAAGUAAAACUAAUGGAACAGUUGUAUUAAUGGCUGUUUCACUAUACUACACUAUGUGACAUUGGGAGUAAUGCACAGGAAAUUAAAUAAUCCAGUGAACACAAUGGCAUCAAUUUUGUUUCAAAUGUGUUGCG